CUGUAGGGGGCAGCACUGCCUCCGGUGGCGCUUCGCUUCUCUACACACAAACGCAAUACAACCUCAACUUCCGGGUAGGAGUUUCAAACAACACUAGCUAAAUAGCUAGCAGUUACACAUUUUUGCUCAGGGAACUACAGCAAACUUUGCUGAGUUUUGGCUAGCGGGCUAGCCUGUUGUUUAAACCAGCCAGCGAUGUCAGCGAGCUCCAAGAGGAGAAGAGCCACCUCACCCUCCAGCAGUGUCAGUGGAGGGGGUGACCUCGAUGAUACCUCCUCCUCUACUCCUGGAAGUGGCAGAAAAAGGAGAAGAAUCUCCAAUGUUCCUCCUGUAGAUACGAUUGCUGUAUGCCAUGAGCUGUUCAACACUGUCAGGGACCACAAGGAUGAACAAGGGAGGCAACUUUGUGAAGUUUUCCUAAGGGUACCAAAGAGAAGGAAUCAGCCUGAUUAUUAUGAAGUGGUGUCCCAGCCAAUUGAUAUGACAAAAAUUCAGUAUAAACUGAAGUCAGAAGAUUAUACUGAUGUGGAGCAGCUUACUGCAGAUUUCCAGCUCAUGUUCAACAAUGCUAAAUCAUUCUACAAGCGUGACAGUGAGGAGUAUCAGGCUGCAUGCAAGCUGUGGGAGGUAUAUUUGCAAACAAGGGCUGAGUUUGUGCAACCUGGGGACGGAGAUGAGGAUGAUGAAGAUGGUGAUGAUAUGAUGGAUAAUCCAGGAAUGUCAACUGAAGAUGAGACCUCAACAGGCAGUUUGAAGGAGGUGCUGGAGCAACUCUUGGAGGCUGUGGUGUCACACACUGAUCCCUCAGGGCGUCUGGUCAGUGAACUGUUCCAGAAAAUGCCUUCCAAAAUGCAUUACCCAGACUACUAUGCCAUUAUAAAGGAACCAAUAGAUCUGAGAAUGAUCGCUCAAAGAAUACAGAUUGGAUACUAUAAAAGUGUCAAUGCUAUGGCCAAGGACGUUGACCUGAUGGCCAAAAAUGCCAAAACGUACAAUGAACCAGGAUCUCAGGUUUUCAAGGAUGCUAACACUAUAAAGAAAGUCUUCAUCCAGCGGAAGACUGAACUUGAACACGGUGAACCCACUAAAUCUAGUCUUCGCAUCAGAAAUCGCAGGUCUGGCCAGGGGGAUCGACUCUCUGGCGUCAGCGUAGCUCUUCACUAUGGCUCAGAGAGUGAGGAUGACCCUGUGCUCUCUGGCUCUGUGUGCUAUGACGAGGGAGAGUCAGAGGCUGAGAGUCAGAGUUCUAGUAUGGAAAUGAGCAACCCAAUCUUCCAACUGUAUGAAGCUGUGAGGGGUGCCAGGAACAACCAGGGCCAGGUCUUCUCUGAGCCUUUCCAGCACCUGCCCUCUCGCAGGGAAUAUCCCGACUAUUAUCAGCAGAUCAAACAGCCCAUCGCUCUGCAGCAGAUCAGGGCAAAGAUGAAGAAUGGCGAGUAUGAAAGUGUGGAACAGAUGGACGCUGACCUCACUCUGAUGUUUGAGAAUGCAAAGCGCUACAACAUGCCUAACUCAAGCAUUUACAAACGGGCCUUUAGGCUUCAGCAGAUCAUGCAGGCGAAAAAGAGGGAACUUCUGAGGAGAGAUGAUGAGGAUGGAGACAGCAUUCUGUCAUCUGAUGCAGGGAGCAUCAAGAGGAAAAGCCACAAGAAAAAUGUCAGAAAGAACCGAAUGAAAGCCUUAUACGUCGCAGUGACUGAGGCUAGGGAGGUGGGCACCAAUCGGCGUCUUUGUGAUCUGUUUAUGGUCAAACCAUCCAAGAAGGACUACCCUGACUAUUAUAAGGUCAUCCUCGAACCAAUGGACCUGAAGACCAUUGAGCACAAUGUCCGCAAUGAACGCUAUGCCACAGAGGAAGCUCUGAUGGAAGACAUGAAGUUGAUGUUCCGUAACGCCCGGCAUUACAACGAGGAAGGAUCUCAGGUGUAUAAUGAUGCUGAUAUUCUGGAGAAGAUACUGAAGGACAAGCGCAAGGAGUUGGGACCUCUGCCAGAAGAAGAUGAUAUGGGAUCUCCCAAACUGAAACUAAGAAAGAGUGGUGUUUCUCCAAAGAAGUCCAAAUACCUCACCCCCCUCCAGCAGAGGUUAAAUGAGCUCUACGAUGCUGUGCGAAACUUCACCGACCGCAGAGGUCGGCGUCUAAGCACAAUCUUCCUCCGUCUGCCAUCUCGUGCCGAGUUGCCUGACUACUAUGCUACCAUCAAGAAACCCAUCGAAAUGGAGCGCCUGCGAAGCCAUAUGGCGGCUGGCCGUUACCAAGACGUUGAAGCCCUGAUGGAGGACUUUGCUCUCAUGUUCAACAAUGCCUGCAUGUAUAAUGAGCCUGAGUCUCUGAUCUAUCGGGAUGCUCUAGUGUUGCACCGGGUGCUGCUGGAGACACGCAAGCAGCAAGAGGGAGGCGAGGACUCCGGGCCUCCUGCUGUGGGUCCUCUGGUGCGAGAGCUGAUCAGGAACCUGUUUGUAUCCGUGCUUGGCCACCAGGAUGAAGAGGGCCGAUGCUACAGUGACUCACUGGCUGAGAUUCCUGCUGUGGAUCCAGCCGCCCCUGAGAAACCACCGCUUAACUUUGAUAUCAUCAGGAUGAAUGUGGACCGUGGCCGCUACAGGAGACUGGAUGUCUUCCAGGAACACAUGUUUGAAGUGCUGGAGAAGGCAAGGAGGCUACACAGGACUGACUCAGAGAUAUUUGAGGAUGCAGUGGAACUACAACAGUUUUUCAUUAAGAUCAGGGAUGAGCUAUGCAAGAAUGGAGAGAUUCUGCUGUCCUCUUCACUCAACUACACAUCAAAACACCUGCACAGCGAUGUAGAGCAGGAGAAAAGGGAGAAAAUUCCCAAUGAGAUUGAGGAGGACAGGCGAAAGAAGGAAGAAGAGGAGGAGCAAAACAAAGAAGGUGAGAAAGCAGAGGACCUGCCAGGAGAGUCAUGGCAGUUAGAGUCGGAGACAGAGCGUGUGUACAGUCAGAACUGCAGCUUUGAAAACAGCACCUACCAUGUGGGGGACUUUGUCUAUGUGGAGCCGUCAGAGCCGAACCUGAAGCCACACAUCGUCUGUAUUGAACGCCUGUGGGAGGAUGAAGCAGGUGAGAAGUGGCUCUAUGGCUGCUGGUUCUACAGACCAAGUGAAACCUUCCACCUGGCAACACGCAAGUUUCUGGAAAAGGAGGUCUUCAAGAGCGACUACUAUAACAAAGUGUCUAUCAGUAAAGUUUUGGGCAAAUGCGUGGUCAUGUUUGUGAAGGAUUAUUUCAAAAUGCAACCUGAGGGCUAUAGAGCCGAGGAUGUGUACAUCUGCGAAUCCCGCUAUGCUGCCAGGAACAAGUCGUUCAAGAAGAUCAAAAUAUGGGCCGUACCCGUGAGCUCUGUGAAACUGGUCCCUCGGGAGUUGCCACUGCCCGUUGUCCGUGUUGCUUCCAUGUUUGCCAAGCCUGACCAGGACAAACAGACAAUUUCAUAUACAGACAGUGGCAGUUUUGUGGACAAGGAGAGAGAGGAUGUCCCUAUGGAGAUGAGUGGAGCGGAGCCUGGCUGUCAUUACUAUGAACAGUUACGCUACAACAACGUGUGGUUUAAAGUGGGAGACUGUGUUUACAUCCAGUCACAUGGUCUGUCAAAGCCCCGGGUUGCCAGGAUUGAGAAGCUGUGGGUGCAGAAUGGAACUACUUUCUUCUUUGGACCCAUCUUCAUUCAUCCUGAGGAAACAGAGCACGAACCGACCAAGAUGUUCUACAAGAGAGAAGUGUUUCUGAGCAAUCUGGAGGAGAUCUUGCCCAUGACCUGUGUCAUAGGCAAAUGUAUGGUGUCCUCCUUUAAGGACUACCUGUCAUGCAGACCUACUGAGGUUUCAGAAGAGGAUGUCCUGCUGUGCGAAAGCCGCUACAUUGAGACAGAGAAGCAGAUGAAGAAGUUCAAGGGUCUGAAACGCUUCUCAUACUCUUCCAAAGUGGUGGAGGAUGAGAUCUUCUAUUUCAGGAAAUUGAUAGUGCCACAGAAGGAAGCAUCACCCUUUUUGGACAAGAAGAUAGAUGAGCUUGAGGUUAAACUGGCAGAUAUUGAGGAUGCAGAUGAUGAUAUGGAAGAUAUGGAUGAUGAAGAGGAGGCUCCAGAGACACCUUCCAUGCCUCAGAUGCAAACUCCACUUGCAAGCGAUAUGGACAUCAUGCCAUACACACCUUCUCAGUCCACUCCUAGGGUGAAGGGCUUGUCAAAGAAGGAAGGGGCCAAGAGGAAGAUGAACAUGAGUGGCUAUAUCUUGUUCAGCAGUGAAAUGCGAGCAGUCAUCAAAGCUCGACACCCAGACUUCUCCUUUGGGGAGCUGAGUCGACUCGUAGGCACUGAGUGGAGGAACCUCGAGGCUUCCAAAAAAGCAGAGUAUGAAGAACGUGCAGCCAAAAUAGUGGAGCAACAAGAUCGUGAGAGACCACCCCAGAAGCAAGCGUCCCCUAGAGCAGGUACCCCCGUAGGGGCACUGAUGGGGGUGGUGCCAUCGCCUAGCACUAUGGGAAUGAUAAACCAGACCAUGUCACCUGUGUCAGGCAUGAUGGGAGCUUACGGCCCACCUUACAUGCCCAUGCAGGGCCCCCAUGAGGGCUUGUUGAGUGUGGCCCCAAUGUCACCUCACCCUGUAGGGGGCCCCCACCUGCCUCCUCACCAUCUCCAGCAAGGUAUGCCUGGGUACCCUGGCAUGCCUCAUCAGGGUAUGAUGGGCGCUGGUAUAAAUGGCAUGGCAGGAAGUCCUGCACCAGGAAACUUUAUGCAGCAGCCUGGGAUGUUCAGCCCAGGGCCACAUGCUCCUCCACCAUAUCCAGGACAGGGCCAGCCCUCACACCUGCAGCCCACCACUCCCAUGUUUGUGGCUCCACCACCAAAGACCCAGAGGGUGCUUCACUCAGAGGCCUACCUUAAGUACAUUGAGGGCUUGAAUUCAGAGUCUGGCACUGUCAGCAAGUGGGACCAAACACUCAAAGCUCAAAGGCGUGACACUCACCUGACCAAAGAGCAGGAGAGCCGGCUGCCAGCUCACUGGCUGAAGAGCAAAGGAGCCCACACCACCAUGGCGGAUGCACUGUGGCGCCUGCGUGACCUGAUGUUGAGAGACUCUCUGAACAUCUGUCAGGCACACAACCUGUAACCUGUUGGACUCGAACCACUAUAACCAGCUCACUCACUGCUCUUAUCCUCAAGCUUUGGGGUUUAGGAAGUAUUAUAGACCAUAGAAGCAAUUUUAUAGUGAAUCACCAUCAAUUUUAUAUUUAUUGGCUAACAUAAUGAGCUUGAUAGUUAUUUGUGUGUGGAUUUUCAUUUUUUUACAUGACCGGAUUAAUUGUGUUGCAAAAUCAGUGGUUUUUUUGGCUUACUGAUGCUACCAAAAUAAAAUUCCGAAUACCCUGUU